AGGUGCCAAGUCCCGUCCAGGCUCUGUAACCGUCGCCAGCACCAACUCGAGCCACCAUGAAUGACGUUUCCCAGAAAGCCGAGAUUCUGCUUUCUUCAUCUAAGCCUGUCCCCAAAACCUACGUGCCCAGACUUGGCCAGGGUGACGUCAAGGACAAAUUUGAGGCCAUGCAGAAAGCGAGGGAAGAGAGAAAUCAAAGGAGGUCUAGAGACGAGAAGCAAAGAAGAAAAGAGCAAUUUCUUAGAGAGAGAGAAUGGAACAGGAGGAAGCAGGAGAUGAAAGACAUGCUCGCUUCCGACGACGACGACGACGAGGAGGCCACGAAGGCAGAGAAGGCUUACGUGCCCAAGCUAACAGGAACUGUGAAGGGCAAAUUUGCGGAAAUGGAGAAACAGAGGCAGGAGGAGCAAAGGAAAAGGACGGAGGAGGAGCGGAAGCGCAGGAUUGAACAAGACCUCUUAGAAAAGAGAAAAAUCCAGCGCGAGCUGGCGAAGCGCGCUGCACAGAUUGAGGACAGAAACAAUACGGGGCCUGAGUCAGCAGCAGAGGAAGGAGACGCUUCGCUGCUGGUGACGGUGGUGCCUGGGAGGGCCCACAAGCCGUCGGGGAAUGCGCAGCAGAGUUCUGAGGGUCGGGAGAGCGAGGGCGAGGAGGAGCCGCCCAGCAAGCCGGAGGGAGAGAAGAGAGGCCUCUACGAAGAGCCCCGGCGCGCCCUCAAGGAGGCCCGAUGCCUUUCUCUGCUGAUGGAUGAGGAGGCCGAGGGCCCCGGCACCAAGGACUCCCCUUCGCCCGGGAGACUGAAGCUCACUUUUGAAGAAAUGGAGCGAGAGAGACAAGAGAAGAGGAAGAGGCAGGCGGCCGAGGAGGCUCGGCAGCGCCUGGAGGAAGAGCAGCGAGCCUUCGAGGAGGCGCGGCAGCAAAUGGCCGACGAAGAAGACGAGGACGGAGCCGGAGCGGAAGCCUCUCCGCGAGAGUCUCUUCGGCCCGGGAAGCUGAGGCUCAGCUUUGAAGACCUCGAGAGGCAGAGAAGAGAAGAGGAGAAGAGGAGAGCCGAAGAAGAAGCCAGGAGGCGCAGAGAAGAGGAGAAGAGAGCCUUCGCCGAGGCGAGGAGGAGCAUGGCGCUGGACGGCGGUUCUCCAGAGCUCUACGCAGCGGGCUCGCCGGACUCGCUCACCCCAGGGAAGCUCGAAAUUAAUUUUGAGGAAUUGUUGAAACAGAAGAUGGCAGAAGAGAAGAGGCGGACGGAGGAGGAGCGGAAGCACAAGCUCGAGAUGGAGAAGCAGGAAUUCCAGCAGCUGCGGCUAGAGAUGGGCCAGGAGGAGGAGGAAGGCGAAAGCUUUGAGCUCAGCAGGGAGUAUGAAGAAUUAAUCAAGCUAAAAAGGAGCGGCUCCAUUCAAGCAAAAAACUUAAAAAGCAAGUUCGAAAGAAUUGGCCAACUGUCCGAAAAGGAAAUACAGAAGAAGAUCGAGGAAGAGCGAGCAAGGAGGAGAGCCGUUGAUCUGGAGAUCAAGGAGAGAGAAGCGGAGCACUUCCAUGAGGAAGAUGAUGUUGAUGUGAAACCUGCCCAAAAAUGUGAGGCCCCCUUCACUCACAAGGUGAACAUGAAAGCCCGAUUUGAACAAAUGGCAAAGGCCAGAGAAGAGGAGGAGCAGAGAAGAAUUGAACAACAGAAGUUACUGCGCAUGCAGUUUGAGCAGAAGGAGAUCGAUGCUGCACUCCAGAAGAAAAGAGAGGAGGAGGAGGAAGAGGAGGGAGGCACCACCAACGGCUCUGCACUGGAAGACGGAGAAGAGCAAGCUCGCUCCAGAGCACCGUGGUUCAAGAAGCCUCUAAAAAAUACAACCGUUGUAGAUGGCGAGCCAGUCCGAUUCACUGUGAAAGUAACUGGAGACCCCAAGCCAGAAGUCACAUGGUGGUUUGAAGGCGAGAGGUUAGAGGACGGGGAAGACUAUCAAUACAUCGAGAGAGGAGAGACUUACUGCCUUUACCUGCCAGAAACCUUCCCCGAAGACCAAGGAGAGUACAUGUGCCACGCAGCCAACGGCAGAGGUACCGCGGCCAGCACCUGCAUCCUCACCAUUGAAACUGAUGACUACUAGCUUUUCUCUUCUCUUUCUGGAGCCUUCCUUCUUCUCGACUUUCCUCCUUGCAUCCAUCCCUUUCUGUGGAGGGGCCACGUGCAGGACACCGGAAGCUGUGCCACCGGCAGGUCUAGCUAUCAUGUCUACGCUACACACUCUGCAGAAUGUAUUCUAGAGCUGGUUAAGGGCCUAAUACGGGAACCUGAAAACUCACUAAAAUGAGGGGUAUGUAAUGGGACAGUAUGAGCGACUUCUCCUGGUCUGUCUUAAUUUUCAUGCAGGAUGAGCUGAUGUUACUCUCCUAUCACCUAUUCAAAUAAAGGGGUAAAAAACCAACCCACGCUGAGGAAGGCCAUUCAGAGCGUAUAUAAAAGCUGCUCUUCCUUCUAAAAUGGCCCACUUGCCUAAUGCUUUUAGUAAGAGGUUCAAAUGGGAAGGUGAGCCUAUUCUCGAGCAGUACUGACAUCCUUCCUGAGGACCUUUAAGUCAACGUACAGCCCGAGUAGCAAGACAUGAGUUAGUUAGACAAAGAAGUCAAUUCCACAAAAGCUUCUGAAAAUUUCAUCGUAACCGUGAAUAAUAACUUCAUACACCGAGGAGGCAGCACCUGGGAAAGCGAGUGAGCCGGAGGCGCCCCGGCACACGUGGAAAUGACAAGGAAAGAAGGAGUUUCAGGGACAUGCUUCAAACAUCUCAAGUUAAAGCUGGAGGAUAGAUAGGGUUUGGGUCUUUCGGAAUGAGCUUGUGAAUUAUUUAACUGGUUUCGUGUUUCAGCUUUCUGGAAGAUGGAAUUUUAUUUUCCAAUGUCAAAAUAAAGUCAAUUCUGUAUUAAACCAAA